AGUUUUUAGCUAUAUAUGGCUCCAAAAAUUAAAGUACCUGCCAACUUUGGUGUAGAACACAUCAACUCUCCUGUACACGGAAAUCUGCUUCUGAAGCUGAGAGAUGGACAAGAGAUCAGAACUAAUUCCAUGAUCAUGUCCUAUAACAGUCCUGUUAUUGACAAGCUCACCACCAACCUGUUUCAGUCCACGCUAGAAAUGGACGAUUUCACAAAACCAGCAGUCGACUGUUUUGUUGAAGCGCUGUACUCUGGUGAAGUUGAUAAACUAGAAAAAGACAACUUUGAAGAAGUUAACAAAAUGGCACAUGUAUUUGAUGUGUCCUGGUUGACUAAGAGAUGUCUAAAGUUUUAUAAAGCAGAGGUACUGAAGUUUGAGAAUAACUCGUACAAAGAAAUGUUAUUUGCUUGUGAGAUUGCUAGCAGGGCGCAUUAUAAUCUGAAAGACAGCAGAUAUGUCAGCUGCUUUGUGAAGAAUGUUACUUUUAGUGGUAAUGGUAAAUUUAUCUUCUUACAGAGAUAUAUGGCUGGCUUUUCUGCGCUACCCAAACGUCGAAUUGAUAUGUCCCUCGCUAUUGCUGCCAAUGAUCUGAACAUGAUCAGUAACUUCCUUACUACCUAUGUUUCCUUAACCUUGAAAUGCGAGGGAUUAGAUGAGAAUUCUCUAUACAUGCUUCAAAAGCUGGAUGUCCAGAAGUUUAGCCGUACAUUUCCUUCUGAAUUAAAUGAGUUAACUGACUUCCUUACCGCUAUAACUGAAGAUUCUGAAUGUGCUGAAAUGAAAGGGGUGGUAGAUAAUUUUGUUCAAGGGAGAAAUACUGAAGAGUCUAGUAGCUCUAAAGAAGAGCUAGAAGUUGAUGAAAAUACUGAAGAUGUACAAGACAGUGAUGGUGAGGAUUGUAAAGAUGUUGCUAAUCAAACUGAGGAAAGAGAAUCAGGUUGGAUACAGUGUGUUAGUAACACAAGUUACACCCUGUCACACUACGAACCAGUACAGAUGAUAACUAACACUACAGAGUCAGAGAACAGUAUGCGUGUGUAUUACACUCUAUCUGGAGAAGGUGGGAGUAGUGAGCAAUAUAUUCAGAUGUAUAGAGAUGUUACAACCAAUCAGUGGAGUUAUUAUAUUGGGGGAUGUACUCCAGGGAGUGUCAAUGCACAGUUUCUAAACAAUGUACCAGCUGAUAAACGGAAACACUGGAUAAUAACCAAAACUUCUACACACCUAAAGGUAGUGUGUAACAAAGUGACAGUUCUCAAUUUCAACUUCGCUACUGACUACACACCAGGUCGUGAGAAUGGUCACCAUAUUUGGUUGAGGAGGUGCACGAAAAUACGACUUUAUAACUGUAAUAGUGACACACUUGUUUUAAAUACAGGCGGUUAGUUUAUGUAAAUUAGUAAUACCAAUCUGACAUCUAAACUCUCAUAAUUACAGUGAAUAUUCUUUCAGAAUGAUUAUAACAUUAUUGUAUCCAACAACUGAGCAGUGUAUACUUAUUAUUACACAUAAUUUAGUUAGGAACUCAUUAACCCUCUUAUAAAAUUCUGUAUUAAAUUAAUAGGCUCAGGCUGUGUUUGUUUUAAACAAUAAAUACAUCAUUAAUAUCGUAUUUUAAAUAUGCUUAAUAUAACACUGUAUCCAACCUUAUAGCUGGCUUGUUUUGAAACUUUAACAUUUUAAUUAAAGUAAAUAAUUAUCUUUCUCUAUUUAAGUUUUACUGAUUUACUUACGAUUAAUAAAUGAACUGGCACCCAUUAUGUUUUUAUAUUUUUAGAUAGUUAUUAUAUUACUCAGUGCACUAACAGGAUAGAGUAUUUGAGGAGUGAACCUGUUUGUACCAUCAGAGAAACAUGUGUUGUUGAGUGAGACUCUGUCUAAGAGUGGUGAACAUGAGGUGUCUCUUAAGAUUAACAGUAGACACAGGGAGAAUGUAAGAGUGGUAAUUAUACCCUGAUUACUGAGAUCAUCUUAUCAUGCUCUUUUCUGAGGAGUGUUAUUGUU